ACGGGUAGAUUUGUCACGAGAUGCUCGGCAGUGAAACACGACGACUCUGACAACACAACAAAAAUGCCAAGAAGUUUUGGCGCCAACCGGAGGUAGUGCAGGCACGGGACGACAGCGAAAAUGGUCCAGUGCACGUGGAUGUGGACGUAUUACACCCUGGUGACGAGAAUAUUCGGCAUCCUGACCGCGAUAGUACUAUGGGGUGUUGGAGUUGAGACGAUAACAUCAAUAAAUAUAGGCAUCGGCCUGUACCUGAUAAUUGUAGCUAUUGUCACAUCUUUCUUGGAAGCCACAUUUCUGCUGGACAAAUGUGCAUGUUGUGGGGAGGGGACAGCAUGCCACAAGGUGUGGCGAGUGGUGAUGUGGAUCGACAACUGGAAGAAAGCCAUCCUCUACAUCCUGUUGUCUAUCGUCUGUUUCCUCAACCCUGUGUCCAGCUGGAUGGCAGUCAUACCAGGCCUGUUCCUGAUCCUGAGUGGACUGCUGUACAUGGGCAGGACCUAUAAGAAACACCGUGAUGAGCAGACGAGAGAGUCGGCGCAGGGGGAGGCCUACAGCAGGUGGGAGGGAUUUGAGGACCCAGCUGAGUUCACCCCGGGCUCCCCCGCUGAUGAGAUUGGGUCGGCCCAGAUCUCCACCGAGCUCCCCUCAGAGGACAAGUAUGAUGAAGAGUUGGAGGCAGACGGAGACAUCGACGCCACAGACGAAACUGCACCUGCCAUUCCUAACAGACAGUAACAAACGCCCAUGCCAGAGCUCACAGAAUAUUUAUGAGAGAAAAAGGGUCAAAAAGAUAAACGUAUCAAAUCUACAAAUUAUCUGGUUUUGAAAUCUUCUCAAUCAUGCCCUUCCUUGAAAGCUGGAGGAUGCUAGAAAAGAAACGACAAGGAGGGCUGAUGAAAGGAUAGGGUCUGUAUAUUGUUGAUGCGAUGGUAGGAAUAACAGGUGGUAGGAAUAAUGUCAUGAAUGGUGAGUCAAAAUUGACUUAGACAUGAUAAGAGUUUGCUGUAGAAAUGUAACAAAUGACUUUUGAACUUAUAGACAUUUUGUUGUCUUAUUUGGUAAAAGGAUAGCUGUCUGUUUGGCUGGGAGGAUAGCUGUCUGAUUGGUUGAGAUGAUAGCUGGCUGAUUGGCUGAGAGGAUAGCUGUCUGAUUGGCUGAGAGGUUAGCUGUCUGAUUGGCUGAGAGGAUAGCUGUCUGGUUAGCUGAGAGGAUAGUUGUCUGAUUAGCUGAGAGGAUAGCUGUCUGAUUGGCUGAGAGGAUAGCUGUCUGAUUGGCUGAGAGGAUAGCUGUCUGAUUGGCUGAGAGGAUAGCUGUCUGAUUGGCUUAGAGGAUAGCUGUCUGAUUGGCUGAGAGGAAAACUGCUUGGCUGAGAGGAUAGCUAUCUGAUUGGCUGAGAGGACAGCCUUCUCUAUUUAAUAUCAAUCAUGAGGCUGAGUUAAAGUCCUAGUUGCAGAAAAUGAAAUUGCACUGCAACAAUUCUGCAUCUUGUCAUCGUUUUGGGUACUUAACUACAAGACUUUCAGCCAAAUUCUGCAGAAACAACCUUGACUGUGACUUUCUGUUGUGUGGAUGGUUUUCGAGAGGUUGGUUUGGAUGUAAUUAUCAUAUCAUGCCCUGCCUGUUAUACCAGGUGUUUGUUGUUCUGCUAUUGCUGAAUUAAAGCUGCUAGAGUCAAUGAUACGUGUCACUUGGAUCACUUGUAAAUUUGAAAAGAUGCUUGGACUUUGGAAAAUUCACUUAACUUUUUAGGCAAACAUCCCUUAAAUUGUAAGUGUUAUGAUAGCAAGAUAUCACGAUGCAGAAAAAAGCAUGGUUUUACUGUACAUCUAGCCACAGCUGAAAUGUGACGAUCAAAGUUUAAGUAGAUUUUUUUAGGUUUCCAGUGUCUUUUGAAAUUCAAAGUGACCAAUGCUAGAAGUGACAUCUGUCCGUGUACAUGUUUAUGUAUAUAAGUACAGUAAAUCUCAUAUACAUUUUACUUCUCGUGCAACUGUAUCAUAUAAAUGAUAUUGAACCAGUGAAAUGUAAAGGAACAUUGUAAAGGUGUUUUUUGUGAGGGGUAUUUUGUGUGUCAGUAAUGAUUAGCUUUGUACAAUACAAUGCAGUGUUCUAGCCAGUAUCCAUCUU